GUUCCAAGCUCUUAUAUAAUAAUUACAGAAAGAAUCUUAUUAGCGAGGAUAGAUAUAAUCCCCUCACCGAUUGUGUGGCUCGUUUGACCUUUUGGGUUCGGAGGGAUUCAUGGAAAUGUGGGAUCUGAACGAUUCGCCGGAUCACUACGAAUCGGAGGAGGGCUGCUCCACCCCUGCUGCCGACGGAGAUGAUGACAAGGGCAAACGGGUCGGAUCCGGUUCCAAUUCGAGCUCGUCGGCUGUGGUCGUCGAGGACGCUUCCGAAGAGGAAGAAGACGAGGAAGUGAACGAGGACGACGGGGGUAAGGGCCGGAGUGAAAGAGACGCGGCGCCGGGUAAAAUCUUUGGGUUUCCGGUGGGGGCCGGUCCGGGUCACGGCAGCUUCUCGCCGGUGACGCGGCAGUUCUUCCCCGUCGACGAGUCAGAAAUGGCUGCCGAAUCCGGCGGCGACAGGUCGCUCCAUUUGCCGAGGGCUCACUGGGUCGGAGUCAAAUUUCGCCAGUCCGAAUCCCACGCCGCCGCAGGCGGCGGCACGACGGAGAAGCCGCCGUCUCUGGAGGGCUUCGCGCAGCAGCCGAUGAAGAAGAGCCGCCGCGGGCCACGGUCGAGAAGCUCCCAAUACCGGGGCGUCACAUUUUACCGGCGAACCGGCCGGUGGGAGUCUCACAUAUGGGAUUGUGGGAAACAAGUCUAUCUAGGUGGAUUUGAUACCGCACAUGCAGCUGCUCGCGCAUACGAUAGGGCGGCAAUAAAAUUCCGGGGAGUGGAAGCGGACAUAAAUUUUAGUCUGGAGGAUUACGGAGAAGACUUAAAACAGAUGAACAAUUUAACAAAGGAAGAGUUUGUUCAUGUGCUGCGGAGACAAAGCACUGGGUUUCCAAGGGGGAGUUCAAAGUAUAGAGGCGUCACUUUGCAUAAAUGUGGUAGAUGGGAAGCUAGAAUGGGCCAGUUCUUGGGCAAAAAGUAUGUGUAUUUGGGUCUUUUUGAUACAGAAAUUGAAGCUGCCAGGGCUUAUGACAAAGCUGCAAUAAAAUGCAAUGGCAAGGAUGCAGUGACCAAUUUUGAUCCCAGUAUAUAUGAGAAUGAGCUUAAUUCCACCUCUGAAACAUGUGAUAAUGCAGCGGAUCACAAUCUUGAUUUGAGCCUUGGGAGCUCCAGCUCAGGCAACCGAGAAAUGGCUGAAAAUAUGGGUCACAAUUCCUCUGCAAUGCAAUAUGAUCUGGAUUGGGGGCAUCAUGGGCAACAAGAGAGCCCAACGGCCCGAAGAAGGGAGGGGUACCACGACCCAGAAACGUUGCAGCUCUUAGGCCGAACGCAAAUGCUGCAGAUGUUCCCACCACAUCAGUUCAACACGCCAAGCUUUCAAGUGCAGUGCCAGAGCAGCAGCAACAGUGUGGGAGGAGGGACAAUGAGGGGAUGGAAUGUGGGAGACCAGUUAUGCCUGUCGUCCUCAAACAACACAACAGCAGCAAGCAACCUUAACGCUAACAUAAUUCUACAACAGCAACAAUGGCAGUCACAUUCGAAUAGUCUUCUUCUUCCCCAACAGAUAUUUGCAACAGCUGCUGCAGCAUCAUCAGGAUUCCUUCCUCAGCACAUCUUAAGGCAUCCGCCGCCGCCGCCUCAGAGCUGGCCUCCCCUUCAAAGAAACGGCUUCCACUGCUCCUCCUCCUCCUCCUUCACCCCGCCGCCUUGACCUCACCGUUCUCCAUCUCUUGCCUUGUAAGUUUCAAGGUGUUUUGAUUUCGUCUACUGGUCGCCGGAAACAUUCUUUGUGAUUUGUAGGAUUGGUUAUGUAUGAGCAUUCAAUUCCAUGGUUCUUCAAAACAUUGGAACCAGCAUUGGGAGGGUGUGGGUUGGAAUUGGUUUUGGCAAAUUUCCAAUGGAAAUACAUUUUGGACGACGUC